UGUAAUGAGUAAGAAAUGUCAGCUACUGAUUCAUCGGCGCAAACUCAAGAAAUCAAAAAGCCAAAACGGAAAUCAACAUAUCGUAUGGCGGACGAGACGGCCACGGACUGCCUCUUCGAAAGGCUGCGGCUCCACCAGCAGCGGGCGCCGGACUCCACGGAGGUGGCGCGCGCCAUCACCGCCCGCAUCAACUCGCGGCUCACGUCUCAUGAUAAACAUGUUCGGCAGAGCACGCUGGACAAGCUUUGGAACAAACAGUCGGGAGCUGUACAAAUGCUGCUUUCGAUAUUGGAGAACACACGGGAUACAGCUACAUCUACCUAUAUAACAUCGAUACUUAGAGAAGCGCUAUGCUUAAAACAAGGAAAAGGAAAAAAGUGCUCAGCUCCGAUCGAAGCACCACCUAACAAGAAGAAGGAUAUCAAAAAGACUGGCAAAGAAAAUAAAAUGCCUCUGGCAAAAAAGGCGAACAACCUCGCGAGGCAGCAAUGCGCGCAGCACUUCGUAUCGAUAAACGGCUCGCAGGCGGUGAUCCGCACGAUGAUAGCCACGCACGGCAAACGCGACAGCAACGUUGGCACCGAGCUGAUGCUGCAGGACCUCGUGUGGAUCCUCGCCUCGCUCGCGCCCAGAGAUCCCAAGUUCGCGAUGAAAGUGAGAAUGUUGGGCUGCGUCAGAACAAUGCAUCUUAUUUUAAAGGGACACUUCACGGAUAACAAGUUGAUAUUUCCUUUACUUGUUAUAAUGAAACAACUUGCAAAGAAUGCUAUAACAACGUCGAUUUUGAUCCGUGAUGGCGUCAUAGCAACUUACGAGCGAGUACUCGUAAGUUUGGGCUUCAUCCCAACAGCCAGGCUUCGCCUUUGCCUGGACGCUAUAGACUACUUCAGCAAAAACAAGGUGUGCUGCAUGCAGAUCGUCAAGACAGGCCUCUGUAGCGUGCUCCUCAGGGUGUUCGACCGCUGGGACCGCUACGAGGGACGCAUGCGCCUCAAGAUUUGCGCGCACAUACUGCAGACGCUGCAACACCUUUGCAACAUAAAGGCCGGACGUCGUGCAUUGUGCACGAAAAAACACGUGCAGACGCUCCACAGGUUCUGCUCUCAGUGUCCGGACGAGCCGGAGUUUGACGGGCUCUUGGCUCGAGUUUGCUCAGUGAUCACGCUAUGCCUCAAGCACCAAGCGCUGCCGGUGCCUGCAUCCAGUCCAGCUUCCUUCAACCUUAACCCUAUCCUGAAAGGUACUAAUACUUUAUGGCCAUGCCAUGAAGAUGAAGAAGAUGCAGCCAAUUCCGAUUCAAAGACUGUCAAUUCAGACCUUGAUGAUGAUGGUCCAGACACUGACAAUGAAGGCAUCGAUGAGUUUCCAGACAUAGAUUUCGAUGAAACAGAAUUGAAAGGAGAGAAUAAUGAUGAAGAGAAAGUAUUUAUAAAAAGUGGUGAUAGCUUACAAAGCUCGCUAUGGAUUAAUCCUAAUGAGAGAGAUAUAGAAGACUUAAAAAAAUAUUUUAUAUUUUUUAAAGAAUUUGGAUCAUACAACAAACAGAUAAGACUAGUCAAAAGUCGGUCUAAUUCACGUGGGUCCAUACUAGAUGAUUUCCUUGGAUCUCAAACAGGUGGCAACAGAAAUGUUCCUUCCUCAUUGAACUUGUCCCUGACAGCAGUUUUGGGGAAUACAGACUAUGAUAACUUCCUCGGUUCCUCCCCUUCGCCAUCUUUACUGCAAGGUUAUCACAAAAUCCAUGAAAGUACCUCAACCACUUCUUGCUCUUCCCUCAAAAUACACAAAGAUAUAUCGAAGUACAGUACGUUUGCUUCUGUGUACAGCACUAUAUCAUCAAGGGUCAGAAGUGUAAUACCAUUCGUCAAAGUAGCCUAUCCAGACAUGAAGGGUGGCCAUGGCCAUAAUCAACCAGAGCCUCUCAAUAAAAUGGAACGAUCCGCAUGCAGGAUGAAAUUACUGUCAUGUGUGGAUAGAGCUAUAAAUCCAGAGGCGUAUAUGAACGAAGUUGUAUACGACUUAGACCAACUAAGCAGUUCUGGCACAUCUACUGAUGCCACAGUACAGAGAAGCAAUGAUAGUAUUUUUCUUGCCAACUCCGAUGAACAAGAAAUUACUAAAGUAAACAGUUUUUCAUCUCGAUUAAGUUUUGAAUCGAGAUUUGAAUCGGGGAAUCUAAGAAAAGUCAUUCAGGUAGGUCCGAGAGAGUACGAGCUGAUCUUGAUGCCAGAUGUGAACUCGACUAAACGUCAUCAGUGGUUCUACUUCGAGGUUCGGAAUAUGCAGCAGGGCCGACCCUACAUCUUCAACAUUGUCAAUUGUGAGAAGUCUGAUAGCCAGUUUAAUUUCGGCAUGAAGCCGGUCCUGUAUUCCGUGAAGGAAGCUGUUAUGGGAAAACCAGGAUGGGUUCGUGCCGGCUCUGACAUCUGCUACUACCGCAACAGCUACCACUACGCGAACCAGAAGAACCACAACAAGUGCUACCUCACGGUCACCUUCAACAUCGAGUUCCCGCACACCAAUGACGUGUGCUACCUCGCUUACCACUUCCCGUUCACGUAUUCUAUGAUGUUGACGCGGAUUUGGCAAUGGAGCUUGCAACUGCCAGUGGGAGCAUACCUACGUGUAGAACCCCUCUGCUAUUCCUUGAACAACAAUGAGAUACCGCUUCUCACCAUCUCUGCUGAAGAUACACCAUCUAACCCAAUUGUGGACAGAGAGAUAGUGUUCCUAACAGCCCGCGUGCACCCUGGCGAAAGCAACGCAUCUUGGGUGAUGGACGGCACCAUGGGCUGCCUGCUGGGUGAUUCCACGGCGGCUGCGGCUUUGCGAGCCAAAUACGUGUUCAAGAUCGUGCCCAUGCUCAACGUGGAAGGCGUCGUCAACGGCUGUCAUCGAUGCGGCCUGACUAAUGAAGAUUUGAAUAGACGAUGGUGUAAGCCGAGUCCCGUUUUGCAUCCGUCUAUUUACCAUACUAAGGGCCUGAUUGAGUACCUGGUGCGCGUUUGGAAAAAGCCGCCGCUGGUGUACUGCGACUACCACGGGCACUCGCGCAAGAAGAACGUAUUCUUCUACGGCUGCGCGGCCGCCGAGAGCUGGUGCAGCAACGACCGCCUCGUGCAGGACGAGCCGGUCAAAUACCUCAUGUUGCCAGCUCUCAUGCACCGGAUUUCUCCUGCGUUCGCGCUGGGUUCGUGCUCGUUCCGCGUGGAGCGCGAGCGUGAGAGCACGGCGCGCGUGACUGUGUGGCGACACCUGGGUGUCACCCGCUCCUACACCAUGGAAGCCUCCUUCUGCGGCUUCGAUAGAGGACCCUUCAAGGGCUUCCACCUCAACACGCAGCACCUACAAAGCGUCGGCAGCGAUUUCUGCGAGGCGCUCAACGGCCUCAACGACACCGCCACCAAUGUCGACAUACAACUUACCAAAGAUCUCAACGGAAAUAUAAUUGAAGUUAGUUUGGUUGACCUCGGAGCAGACAGUGAGAUAGCGGUGGACAGCGAGCCGGGCUCGGGCUCCGACAGCGUGCUCAAGACCGACUCCGACGAGGACUUCGACUAGGCUUCGGCCAUAGGUAGAAUAAGACUAGAAAAACUAUGUACUACAAACGUAACCCGAAACCUAGAACUUAAACCCAUUGAAAUUAUGGUUAUUCCAAUCAUACAAUUAAGAUAGAGGAAUACAAUUCCAACAUAUUUGGUUUUAUAAUCACAUCACUUUAUCAGCAGAGGUUUAUUUUUUAAACUUUACUUUAUCUAUUUUCUUAUGGAUUUUUAUUGCGUAUUAUAUUUAAUUUUAAUAUUACCAUAUUUAUUUUAUGUACAAAUUAGUCUGUGUGCUGUGUGCGCCUGUGAUCCUUAGUUUGUUUGGUUUGUGAUAAAUUAAAUUUAUUAAGUUGCAUGUGAUCUCAAUUACAAAUAAAUUAUGAAAUCAC